GGGUGGGAACUCAUAACUUAGGGAAGUGAAGUGAACAGUGAAACUCGAGAGCAGUUCUCAAAAGCUUCCUGGUAAAACUUGUCACUUUGUAAUCAUGUUCUGGCUGGGUUACACAGGUUAGAACCUUUGUAAAAUUAUUAAGUCGACUUAACUAAACUCAAGUUUUAUAAGGGUGCUGAAGAGUAAUUUGUCGGUAAAGUGAGCUUCCUGGUGGUUCACCGAGAAGUAGGCUAGGGAAGACGAAAAACUAAACAUCAGGAAAAGAGGGACAACUCCCACGAUUUAGACUAUCUUGAGCAGUUCAGAUCAACUUUUCAGGUAAUUUAAGAACUUUUUGACGAUGUCUCUGCUCGACCAGAGCCAGCAGUCGUUUCCCACGAGUGUCCUGGUCACGGUGCAUCAGGCUCGGAACGUGCGGGUCAAGGGCAAGAAUGGCACCAACGACGCCUAUGCCAUCAUCCAGGUGGCCAAAGAUAAGUUUUCUACCGCCGUGGCCGAAAAAAGCGUGGCCCCGGUGUGGAAGGAGGAGGCUUCGUUCGACCUGCCGCUCUUCCACCCGGGAAACGCUGAGCGGUGCACGCUGUACAUCAUCAUCAUGCACCGGGCCCAGGUGGGCUUGGACAAGUUCCUGGGCCAAGCUGUGAUCAACUUAGUGGAGCUGUAUGACAACAAGUCCCGCAAAAAGACCGAGUGGUUCAAGCUGGUGAACAAGGAUAAAAAGGAGGACAAGGUGCGAGGGGAGGUGCUGCUAGAUGUCCAGUUUAUGAGAAACAACAUGUCUGCCAGCAUGUUUGACCUUUCACAGGAGGACAAACCUCGCUCUCGCAUCUCUAAGCUGAAGGACAAAGUCCGGGGAAAGAAAAAGGACGGCUUCUCUGAUUCUGCUUCAGCUAUUGUUCCCUCUGUGAACCAGGUCCUCACAGACAGUGAGGGAGAAGCUGACACACAGUCUCUUAGUCAGUCUCCACAAGGAAAGAAGAAACCUAAAUUUAAAACCCUCUUUGCCCCUAAAUCAAACUUGCAUCGAAACAUCUCGCAGUCCAUGUCUACACUUGGGACACUGCCUGAAAAGAAUUCAUCUCUCAGUGGCAGCCGCUCUUCUGGCCUCAAUGUUGAUUCUCCUGAAGGGAAAAAGAAAUUCAAAUUACUGGGACACAAACGCACAGGUAGCUCUGACAGCAAAGUGUCUCUGGGUGGUUUCUCCUUACUGGGCCGAUCCAAACAGGGCAACAAUGAUGCCAACAACCUGUGCAUCAAUGGCAGCCAUGUCUACGCUAAGGAGGCAGAAGCUAAGACUGGAUCUACACUCAGUCUAAACAGCUCAGGUCAAGGCUCUGUGGAGGAUGUCCGCAAACACACAACUGAUGCCUUUGCAGAUUCCGCUGUAAGCUUAUCUGUUCCAUCCUAUAGACAAGAAUCAGACAAAACUCUAAUGGAGCAACAGCACCAUCAAGAGGAAGAGACGAGGAGGCUGGCUGAGGAAAAGCGCAUCGCAGAAGCAAAGAGGCUGGAGGAAGAGGAGAAAUACAGGGCAGAUGCCAAGAGGCUGCAAGAGGAAGAACAACACAGACACCAAGAGGAACAGGAGAGAAGACGACGAGCCAUUGAAGAUGAAGCCAAAAGGAAGAAACAGAAGGAGGAGGAGGAAAGGAGAAAAGGAGAAGAGGAGCGCAGGAUGCUAGAAGCAGCUGAAAACCGAAAGCUUGAGGAGGAGCGUAAAAGAGCAGAGGAGCAGAAACGCCAGGAGGAGGCCUCUAUGAGCGACAGACUGUCAUCUCUGUUUGGCAUGAUCCGAGGGAGGGAGGAGAAAAAGGAGGAGGCACAACCACAAAUUAAAGAGGAGCAGCUUUCCAGCCCAGCCUCUCGCUCCGUGUCUAAAGGUCCUGAUCAACCUGUCUCCAGUCAUUCCACUAAUCCAUUUGAAGAUAUUUCCCUCAGCUCAGAUUUUCCACAUGUCGGCAAUCAAAGUCCAUCAGAUCACCAAAAACCCAACCACAACCCACAAACCCCCUCUUCCACAACGUUCCUCAACCGCACUGCUAAAGUGUCUGCAGUUAAGCCCAGGCCUCAUCCUGUGAAGCCCAUGAGCUCAGAGAGCCAGCAUCCCACCAGCAGCCCUGCUGUCAAGGAGAUCAGGGUUUGGGACACCACUCCUGGAAAGACUAAGGGGGGAGACUCAGGUGGUGGUCCUUACAGUCAGCUGACACAAGAGGAACUGAUAACACUGGUGGUCAAGCAGCAGACCGACCUGUCCAAGAAGAGCGCCAAGAUCGAGGAGCUGGAGCAGUACAUCGACAACCUGCUGGUCCGAGUCAUCGAGGAGCAACCCUCCAUCCUGCACGCGCUCAAUGCCAAGCCGGUGUGAGGGGCCGUUUUCUGACAAAUUAUAUCGCUAAAUCACCGUUUUUAUGUGCUUCUACUGUUAUCACACUGGACUCAGAGGUAUGAAUGCGUUGGAACAUUAUGCACAUUUUUCCCUUCAGAGGUAAAAAGAUUUGAAAGUGGUGGAAAAUUGUGAGAAUUAAUUUAAUUUGGCAAUCGAUAACGAUAAUAAAAAACUUUUAAGCAAAUGAAUGUAUUUGUUUUUACACUAGGGUACUAAAGUAUGAUUUAAUACAUAAGAUUCACAUUUUUAAUUUAUUUACUUUUGGUCUUUUUAAUUUUUAAAGCUGUCCUUAUUUUAAAUUAUUGCUGCCUGUUUCCCAUGCCUACUGUUCACCUAACGCGCGGUUUCAUACUUUAUUUUUGUCACUACACUGAUGAAGCCUUAAUUGUUUUGUUGAUCCUUUUUGUUUUUUUAACUAGACCAUUAAGAACAUUCCUGUCUCUGUAGUCACUACAGUAAAUGUCACAUGGCCAUUCAGUCUUUUGAAAUAUUGAUUGUGCCUGUAGCUGCAAGGAGCUGUUAAAAAAACUGUAUCAUGUACUGUGCAUAAUUAGUUACUGAAGAGUUUGUUUAAUGCACUCGUAUAGCACAAACUUUAAUUUGCAGAGAACAUAAUCAAACAGAAUUCGUCUCAAAUUGUUGAAAUACUUUAAUCACUGAUAUUUGUAUCUGUGACAUAAAGCUAGAGGUAAUCAGCAUCUAUUCAUAGAUGAACACUAACAUUCAGCUUUUGCGUCACACUCAUAAAUGUCUUCACUGGAGGCAAUUCUGAAAUAAUUGCAAUCUUUACCGCCUGUAUAUAGAACCUUCAGUCCUUUAUAUCAUUUUUAUUUCCAGUGUUUGUAUUAUGUGAAUAAUGAUAAUGAACUAUGUCUUUUAUCUGUCUGAACUAAGAGCUCAAAGAAUGUACAGCUUAAUUAAUCCAGUUUCUCUUUGACAUUUCUGUUCACGUAAACUUCUUUAAAUGUCUAUUUUCUCACCUGUUUUAUUUGAAAUAAAGUCACUAAGUAUUACAGUA